AUGGCUGAAAACAGCUCCCCGGAUUACAAGUCUCUGUUUCUGCAAGCAGAAACGAGACGCAAAGAGGCUGAGGAGCGAGAGAAGCAGGCCGAGGAGCGACAGAAGCAAGCCGAGGAGCGACAGAAGCAAGCCGAAGAUCAAGGCAGAAGGGAAAGGGAGCGCAACCAACGAACCACUUUCAUGGAAUUCAUGCGCUAUUGCCACAAACUACUCUCCCGGCCGUUGAGAAUUGAAACACCAUCUCGUUCGACCAGCGGGAAAAUACCUCAGCCUACGGGGAAAUACUGUCCGAUACGGUUGGAACAUUGGGCCGACUGUCCAGUGCAACAGUCCGAGCUUUACAGAUCCGUCCACGGCUAUCUCCAGCCAACGCCAGGAGAGGGGCCGCGUCUAUUUACAUCUUCACAUGAGCUAGAAGGGUUAGGCCGACUCCUGAACCGCAAUCCCAUCAGCAGCGAGCAAGAACUCGAGGCUUAUGAGCGGUUCGCUGUGGAAGAGCACAUCAAUGAUAUCAUAACAGAAUUGUGCAAGAUCCCCGCUGCUCGCGAAGAGUUUGGCCUAGGCGAUGGCAUUCGGUUCAACAAUCAUACAAAUUCCUUGAACAAUUACGGCGCCAUUGAGGCAGAUGCAAGCCAACCAUCAAGUGUACACCGUCCCAGGCCUGAUCAAUUCUGUAUCCACCGUGUCGAUGGGCCUACCGACACUCUCCUCACGACCGUCGAGUAUAAGCCACCUCACAAGCUUCCCGUCGCAACCCUUCGGAUAGGGCUUCGGCCAAUGGACUUGUGGAAGGAGAUGGUCAAAUCAAAUAAAAUACCCACGGAUAAAGACGCGAAGUUGCGGUAUAAUGCAGAGCGCCUUGUCUGCUCUGCUAUUGUUCAAGAGUAUCAUGUGAUGAUUCAAGAAGGGCUCGAAUUCUCCUACGUGACCAACGGGGUUGCUCGAGUUCUCCUCCGUGUUCCACAGGAUGAUCCUGGCACACUCUACUACUUUCUAUGUGAUCCAAAUAGUGAAGUGAAUACGGAAAUAGAAGCCACCUUUGCAAAUACUUCCGUUGCAAGAACACUGUGUUUGUAUCUGAUGGCAUUCCCCUCGCCUGUGCGAGGUCAAGAGUGGAGGAAUUCCAUUCGACCAGGUAUUCCUAUAUGGAAGACCAAUUUUGAUCACACUCGCUCUCGCAUUCCCGAAGAUGAACUCCGGCAACUUCCUCUCAACUCCGACAGUACCGCCCCAGAAUUUCCAAGUCCAGAUUCUGGUUCAAUUUAUGAACCCUCGUCAUCUCCGCCAGAUUCCCCUGAAUCAGCAGCUCGUCAAGUGUCUACUGGAUCUCGAGUCAGCUGUGCCCCAUCCGAUGUGAGACAUCGCUCAGAGUCAUCACAAUCACCAGACCCCGAUUCGAACCCAGCAACACGCCGCAAACGAGCCUUCAGUCAAGUUCCAUCUUCCCCAUCUGCCCAACGCGUGACUCGACAAAGAGACAUACAUAAUGAUAAGGGCCGAGACAGCCAGUCCCGCCACCGCGAUGCCCAAUUUUGCACCCAGCGAUGUUUACUCGGGUUACAGUCUGGAGGUGUUCUAGACAACUUUUGUCCAAAUGUAAUGCUCCAUCGUCAAAGCAUAGAUGAUCUGCAGCAUCCGAUUACUUCAGAAGACUUGGUCCGUCUACUCAAAGCACAAUUGGACGAAAACAUUGACCGAUGUACACCUCUUGGAUGUUGCGGGGCGUACGGUGCGCCGUUCAAGCUUACUUGUGCCGUAUACGGCUACACUGUCAUCGGAAAAGGAACUACCUCGGAGCUGUGGAAAGAGGUCUCCCGCGAAGCGGAGGUAUACCGAAUUCUGCAGAAGGCGCAAGGGUCCGCUGUACCCAUUUUCCUGGGUACGAUCGACUUGGCAAAAAUUUAUUUCCUUCACGGAGCUGGAGAGAUUCGCUAUAUGCUCGUGAUGGGCUGGGGGGUGAAAGCACGGCAUCGAUGGAGCUGA